AUCAAAAGCCCGCUAUGUAGUGUUGGAAAGUGCUGGCAUCAAAAUCGCUAUCGCAUCGUACAACUCACGCAAAACCUGACCCCGGCACGGCCGCUAUUUCGACUAGAGAUGGGCAUUCGACAAUUUUCUAUCAACACUCGAGUUCAGUGACAAUUUUACCAAUCUUGACAAAACAUGAAGUGAGCAUUGUAUUAAGUAAGUAUUGUUUCCUAUUUCUAGUAGUUAUUGGAUAAUUUUAUUUUGUUAAUAUGGCAUGUGCACACGAACGCGUCAUGUUGAAUCGUGCAGGUUCGUGCCACGAUGAAAGCACGACAUGCGUCCAACUUUAAUAUCGGCAGCGCAAUUUCGACGUCACAGGCUCAAUGCCAAUUGACGUUGCUCUUAUUUGCGUUACCUUCUCUAUUGCGUUAAUUCCGGCGUCAUAUUUUGAAAAUGGAAGCCGAAGCAAAUAUUUCAUGUGAAGGGGAGAAAUGCUUUAAUUCGCCUACUGCGCGCCUGAGCGAUGUGGAUGACAUCUCCGAUAUUGACGUAGAAGAUGUUGUAGACAAGUUGCACAAGACGAUAACAUCGAAACCAGUCUACGAUGAGAAGAGAAGCAUUUUCAAUACCACACUCGACCUGGCGGAAGCGGGAUCUAUUUGUGAAACAACCGGUGCUGCCAUUGAGGCGUAUAUGGAGAGCGUUGUGCAGGAGAAGCAAAACUGGGAAUCGUUUGCCACCAAAUACAUGCACAGGCCGGGCGCAGUUGGACCUGCGGGAGGCGUUAGCUACAGGCCCAGCGAGGAGCAGCUGGCCUACCUCAAUCAAGGCCCCAAUCUGCAAGGCUUCAUACGCGGCUUUAGCACGUUCAUGAACGAUGCAACGACAUUUAUGCUAGAGUUUGAGGAUAUCCAAGAGAUGCAGGAAAACCUCAAGGAGUGCUGUCAGUCCCUGGCAUGCCAAAUACAACGCAUCAGCAUAGCCGAAUCCCAGACAAAUAGAAUGCGCGAUGAAUGAAACGAAUUUGUAGUUGCUUC